AUGUAAUUUUUGUAAAGGUCUAAUAACUCUGUUAAGUAAAAUUUGUAAUAUAGUUAAGAUCCAUUGAGUCUUAAAUUUUUGGAAGAAGAAUACAAGAGCCAAAUGUAGCUGUUAUGCUUUGCAAACAUUAACCUAAUCAAAAGCAUCAUUCUCCAGAAUCCUUUUUGGAUUAAUUUGUCAAUUUGAAAUUAAUGGAACCUUAAAAAAUAUUAUAAAAGCAGAAACCUCUUUAAGGAUUAUAGGGGGGUAAAGGAAUAGCAAAUACAGUUCAACUUUAAAAACCUGCCUAAAGUUCAAUUUCAGUAAAAAAAUAAACAAAGCGAACAAUUUCCCCAAAAAAAACGAAAGCAUAAACAGUUGAUUGUAUUCAAAUGAAUAAACCUAAAUCAUAAUAAAAGAGAAGAGAAUAAAUGGGAUUGGGAGAAUUAAAUGAAAAAUAAAUUAAGCAACGAAUGAGUAAUUUCAAAUUUAAUUUUAGAAAAAAUAAAAUAAAAAGAAAAGAUAAUAGAACAACCACUUAAGAAGAAGCCAUAUGAACCUAAUAUAAAACUAUAAUCUUACAUAAUUUAAAAGAAAGCAUUAAUUAACAAUAAUUACAUGUAAUAGUAAUUAAUGGUUGAAAUUGAAAAAUAAAGAAAGUAACGAAAUGCAAUUAACAAGAUUGGAGAACUUAGCCUAGUUAAAUUAAUCCGUUAAAGAUAUAUUUAAAAAGUGCAAGACUUAAGAGAACUCUAAUUUGUAACCAUCUAAAGGGAUAAUAAAGAGAAGGAAAGUCGAAGCCUAAAAAGAGAAUGCCUAGUAAAAUUUAAGACAAGUCAAAAAUAAAACUAAGUAGUUGCAAUAAAAAUUUGAUGAUAUUUCUCAUAGAUAUUAAUAAAUCCAAAAUGUUAGAUAGAAUGAUAUGGAUAAUAUAGAAUAAUGUAUUUUCGAAAUGGACGAAGAAGAUGAUCAAUAUUCUGCUGUCAGUGAUAAUUAAAUGAUUUAAUUAGCACUUCAUGAACUUUAAAAAAUUAAACCUACUUAAUAUCUAAUAGAUAAGGUUAAAUAUAUAAUUGAACAUCAAAACAAUAUUGAUUUAGAUUUUAUCACAGAAUAAGAUUAUUAAGUAAUUUAGUAUCAUCUUAUGAAUCAAGCUGCAAUUAAAUUAUAAAGUUUAUGGAGAGGUGUAUAUAUUAGAAAAUAAAUACUUAAUGAAUUAUAAAAUAUGAUGGAUGAAGAAUAUGAAAAUAGAUCAUAUGAAGAUCCCUCUAAUAUUUAUUAAAGAAAUCAGUUUUAAUAAGAAUUUGUUGGAAACAUAUCUAAUUCUAAAGGAGAUUAAAUAUCAAAUGAUUCAUUCUCAAAUAAAAUUGGAAAUAAUUCUUUAUAAGAUUUGAAUAUAAAUCAAGAAGAAUAGAUUAAUAUAUAUGAAUAAUCUAAAUAACAUUUUUAUUCUGAUGAGGAUCAAUAAUUAGAUAUUAAAUUAUCAGAUUAAAUCUCUGAAUUAAUUAUGAUUUAAUAACCUAAUAGUCCUAUUGAAUAAAAUGAAAACUUUUCAUUAUAGUUUGGAUAAAUGGAUAAGAGAAAUUGUUCAGAAUAGAUUGAAUCUUUAGUUAGAAUUGAAGAUGAAAAAACAAAUUCAUUAUCCUAAUCUGUAAUUUAAUAAAUUUAAUAAGAAUUGGAAUCAUGGAAUUCUUAAAUAGAUACUAUAUUUUAAUAAAGUAAUGAUGAUGUUGAUACUAUAUCAAAAGUCAAAUAAUAAAUAUCUUAAACAGUUAUUAAGAUUGUUAAUUCUCAUUUGAAAAAGUCUAGGGAAGUUAAAUUAUUAAAUGAAAGUUUAAAUGAUGAGAAAAUUAGAAAUCAAUAUGAAGCCAAUAAUGAAAAACAUUUUAAUGAUACUUUUAAGAGAUUAAAGAAAUCUAAAGAAUUUAAUGCUGAACAAUUACUACAUUCAUCUAGAGAAAUUUAAUAAAAUUCAAAUAUAAUGAAUUUAGAAUCAUAAUUAAAAAUGAAAGAAAUUGAACUUUUAGAUAUGAGGGAACAGGCAAUUAAUUUAAGAUAUUUAAGUGAAUUAAAAAAAAUUAAGUAAGAUUCCAAUAAAAAAUAAGAAUUAGAUUUAUGGCUUGAAAAAGAAAAAGAAGAUUUAAGAACAACUAAAUAAGCAAUUGAAAUAAGUAGAAUUAGAGAAGCAUAAACUAUAUAGAAAAUAUAACGAGAUCUACAUAUAGCAUCUAAAAUUGAUGAAAAUAAUCCAAAAAUAUAAAAUUUUAAAAAAUUUGUAGAUGAAUAACUUUUAGAAACUAAUUCUUUAGUUAAUGAUUCUAAAAUUAUUGAAAAUUAGAUUAUAGAAUAGGAAAUUGAAAAUUAACAGGAAAGUGAAAAAAAUCUUAUAAGUGAAAAUACAACAAAUAUGAAUGAAACUUAUAACCAUAUCAAUUAUAUUACCAACAGUAUAUUAGAUCAAGUAGUUAAUAAUCUAAGUUAAGGUAAUAUAUUAAAAUAAAUUAUUUAGAACUUUUCAGUAAUAAAACUGAAUUCAACUUAAUUAUGUCAAUUUUCAUAAACUAAUAGUCAAAUUAUUAAUCUAAAACUUCAACUUAAUAUAUUAAAGAUUAUAUCAAAAGUCUAUUUGAUUUUAUUUUAUUAAAUUAUAGUGAAGAUUUAAUUAAGAAUCUUAAUAUUCCUUAUGGAUUUAGACCAUUAAAAAGAAUACAAUUAAUGCAUGGAUAUGAUGCUGAUGAUGAUAUUCAAAAUUAAGAUGUAAAAAGUACUCAAAUUGCUUUUCCUAUUGAUUAAGUUGUGUUUACUAAAUUUGAAUAAUAGAGAAUCGAAUUAAAUUAAAAUAGAAAUAUUUAUCAAAUAGAUAAUGAAUAUUACUUUGAGAAUAUUCAUAAUAAAGCAAUAUUUGAUGCAUGCAAUGAAGCAUUAAAUUACUAAAGAUAAUAUUAUUUAAGUAAAUAUAUAAAUGAUUUAUUAAUAGAUUAAGGAUAACCAUACCCUUGGGAAUAAUUAGAAUAUCAAGUAAUUGUUUAAAAAGACAAGUUACCAUCUAUAUUGAGAAAUAUGGAGGAUAAAAUAAUCAAUUGGUCUAAAACUUUAGGAGGGUUUUUACCAAUUGAAAAUACAUAUCAAAUAUCAUAAGAAAAAUAAGAAGUAUUGGAAGAAAAGAAUUCAUAAUUAACAUUAAGUUAAUUAAAUCGUUUUGAAAAGAAAACAUUUUUAGAUUCUUAAUAAUAGGAAUAGAUUCACGAAAAUAUCUCAAGUAUUAGGGAUGAAAGGAUUUAUAAAUUAUUAAUUUAAGAUGUAAAUGUAAUAUAUUUAUUAAAUAGAUUAAAGAAAAUGAAUUUAGAUGGUAUCUUGAAGAAGAUGAUAGAGCAGAGUUUCUAAUGGAAUUAAGUGAUAUAAUUUUCGAGUAAUUAGUAGAGGAAAUAGUCUCGGAAGAACUCUAAUAAUGA